GAGAGGGAGAGGAGGGGAAACAGUUUGUGAAUUUCAGUUCCCUGGAGCCUGGGGAAGAGAGGAGGCAGAGUCCAGGAAAGCGAGGCGUCCUUUCAGAUUUUCCCAGUAGCGGAGGUUAUUGAUUUCUAACAAGGAGCUGGAGGUGAAGGUGGGCUUGUUUACAUGAUGUCGUACAUGCUGGUUGAAAAGGUGCUUUAAAGGGAGAGUGGUGGACAACGGGUCCGCCUCAGACUAAAGUAGCUGUAGCAGCUGGUGAGCUGUAUCUGCGACAGCGGCCUGCUGGCAACUCCAGAGCCGGGACAGAACCGUACAACGCAGGCCGGCUCUUACAGACCGGAGAAAGGGAAGCUAUUGCCGCGGAGAGACUGAUAUAUAGCUAGCUAGCUAGCUAUACUGCUGUUGCAUCGCAUGAGUUCAGAGGAUUUGGACUGGUAUGUUUUUAGCUAAGUCAUAAAAUGCAACAGGAGGGGAGAGGAAGAAAGAUGACGUACAAUCGUCUCGCUAACAGUUAUAAACUGUGAAAUUGUUACCACAUAUUAUAUUUCAUUAUUUGUGCGCCAUUUAGAUAAUACUUUAUACGCUUAUCUCGUCUAGAAAAGAGUGGCGUUAUCAACAUAGAUAUUCAAAAUGUCUAAAAUGCCGGCUAAAAAGAAGAGCUGUUUCCAGAUCACUAGUGUGACACAGGCUCAGGUGGCGGCCAGUAGCAUCACUGAUGACACUGAGAGUUUGGACGAUCCAGACGAAUCAAGGACCGAAGACGUGUCAUCGGAAAUAUUCGAUGUGUCGCGGGCAGAUUUUGAGCCGGAGGUGUGUGACAUUAGUUCUUCUGAAGAAACCCUGAACAACGUUGGAGAGUCAGAGGCCCUGAGCGCCGUGGCACUGCAUAUACCUCAAGAUGGACAGCUACCUGCAGCAUCGGGUCCUGCAAACGGGGGGUUUGCUUUUAGAAGCACAGCGGUCUCAGGCGUUGCUCAUGCCAGUCCGCAUGUCUUGGGAGCGGGUGGGGCAGGCGGCCAGCCCCCUACAGCCACAGCCGGGCUGGUGCAGCAGUCGGCUCCAGUCAGCGCUGGGGGGGCUGCAAAUGUGUCUGCGGGCACAUCGCAGCCGCCCCCUGCUGCCAGCGUCGCUAGUUCAACUACUACAGCAAGCUGCAGUUCUCGCUUCAGGGUCAUCAAACUUGAUCAUGGUACAGGAGAGCCCUUCAGAAGGGGGAGGUGGACUUGCACAGAGUACUAUGAAAGAGAUUCAGAGGGCACUGUCACCACUAGGACUGUGGACAGCAUUAAACCUGCUAGCACCCUGGAUCAGAACCCGGAGAGGGACAGUGGAUUGGGGGUCACAGGAGGGUCAGUGGUGGCUCCUGCUGCAAUCUCGGCCCCGGGGCCUGACUCUGCAGGUGACAGCUCCUGUAUGGCUGUCCCCCACCUGCACCCAGUUGAUCCGCAGCAACAACAGCAGCAGCAGCAGCAGAGUUACGGUAUUGGACACCAGCCCGUCAGCGGUGCAUUCCAGCCCCCAGUUUACAGUGCCGUUCCCAGCAGCAAACCAGUGGCCGUUCCCAUGCAGCCGCAGGUCCAGGUCAGCAUGCAACCUGCUGCCCCUCAGAACCUCCUCCCGCCUGGACACAACGGCAUGCAGGCGAGCGUGACCAUGCAGCAAGUGCAGAAGUCUCCCAGCAUGCCCCCCGCGACGCAGGCCCAGCAGUUUGCGUAUCCAGCCCAGCCCCUGCCCGGCCAGCACCUGCCCACCGUGGUUCCCGCCAGUCAGGCAGAUUACCUGCAGCAGCAGCAGCAGCUCCUUAUGGCUGCGCAGCCAGCAGGAGCUCCCGCUCAGACCCUUCCAGUGUCCUCUCUCCCGGUGGGGCCGUCGGUCAGCCAGGGCCCGUCCCCUGUCAUGACACCUGCAGCGGGUGGAGCUCAAGUGCUGGGGCUCCUGGGGCAGUCCGGGGAAUCGGCGGGGCCCGCAGGGGGGUCCCAGCCCCCCCCAGCCCAGGGGCUCCUGCCACAGCCGGGUGCGGGAACAGGGGGCACCUCGGUGGCGCCGCUGCCGGGUGCCAGCGUUCCACAGCAGCUGCCUGUGAGUCAGCAUCAGACCUCAGGAUUGGCUGGGAGUGCUCCGGUCGCCAUUGCUCCCCACGUGGUGGUCCCCAGCGUUCAAAACGUGCCUACCGCCGUGCCCGGCACCUCCAGCUCUCCUUUGACUAUGCCAAACCCGGCCCCCUCUGCUGUGGGACAGCCACUUCCGGGCCAGCCGCAGGCGGCCCGCAGCGGGAGUGUGCCGGGAUUGGGCUUCGGCCAGCCCCCUCUUGCCCAGGUGGAUGAAAAUCGAAGGAAGUCUGAUGCCCUACCUCAGCCUUCUGUCAUCUCUGGAAAAGAUGCCACAAAGCCUCUGAUCCCUGAGAGCCUGCAGCUGCCCACACCCUCCGUGAAUAGCUUGUUUGGAAUACCUAUCAAUUUGGACGGGGAUGAGGACAGGAACCCCUCCACCGCUUUCUACCAGGCCUUCCCGUCUAGCAAGUUGCGGGACUCAAAGAGCCACAGUGAUAGUGCAUCUGGAGCAAGUGUCGUAGCCAUCGAUAACAAAAUAGAGCAGGCAAUGGAUCUGGUGAAAAGCCAUCUAAUGUAUGCAGUGCGUGAGGAGGUGGAGGUGCUGAAAGAACAGAUCAAGGAGCUGUAUGAGAGGAACUCUGUGCUGGAGCGGGAGAACGCCGUGCUGAAAUCCCUGGCCAACAAUGAACAGCUGUCUCAGCUCUCGGUCCAGCUUGCCAAUCCCAGCGGCAACUCCCCCCAGCAGCCCCCUGUAAAUGCAGCCCCCCAGGAGUGCAGUCAGCCCCUGCCCCUCCCCCCGCAGCCCAACGUCUCCUCUGCGUGAAGGGCCCUCUCCCCCUCCAAAAAAGCUUAAAACCUGCGAACAUUGCCGAUUUCAAAAAAUAAUAAUAAUAAAAAAAAUCAGUCUAUGUUGUUUGCCACCGGCCUUCAACAUGUGAAGAGCCAUGCUUCAGUGUGUGUGCGGUUUGGCCUUCCCAGUAUUAGACAAUCAUCACGCGAGAGCUUUCUUUAGACUUGACAUCUCAUGGGGGAGCGGGCCGCGUGGAGCAGGCGCCAGCUGCGCCCGGGCAGAGGGGCUGGAACGGGUGGCGGCAGACAGAGCGGUAUGCCCAGAGAUAAGAGGCCCAGUCGAUGGGGCACUUCCGAUCCUUCCCUGGCAUUAACGCUGGGUGGUGAUGGGCGGGGCUUGUGGCAAGAGAGAGAGAGAGAGAGAGAAAUCAGAACAAGGGAGAGAAAACAAUCCAUCCUGUGAGGUGGGGGUCGAAUUGAGCCUUGCUGUGUUCAUGUUGCAAGAAGUGCGAGUCUGUUCUAAGAGCCACCAUACUUCAACAUGAAUCAAAUCCAUACAUCAGUUCAGUUUUACUGUUUGCGUUUAUUUAUUACAGGGCUGCUAUUUUCAUAAUGUAAAUGAACAAUGCCACAGAAUCAGUUCUAUUAAAGAGAAAAAAAAGAAACUUUCUUUUGGUUUUUGAAUGUUUGAAAUGUAAAAUAAUUGGACAUGCAUUGGAUGGGUGAUGUAUUGCAUAAACUAGUUAAAUAUUUAGGCAAUAAUAAAGUAAAUCCUCCUGGCAUAGGUCUAACACUAAUGGCAAUUUAACUUUGGGAUUGUUUAUUUACAGUAGUUAAGAUCCAGUUUGAAUGUACAUUUUGUAUAGAGUGUAAAGUAUUAAGAGCAUAGCAAGUUUGUACAGGUAAACACCAGUUCUUGUGAUAUGAAAUCUUAAAUGAAUCUUUGGUUGGCUAUUUUGAUGAAGAAUACUAUCCAUUUUUGUUUCUAGUUUCUUUAUCUAAGAAUGGAAAGGUAAUUGCCAUCCUCCCCUCUACCAGUAAAAAAUAAAAAAUAAAAAAAAUUAGUGUGUAUUUUUCUGGGGGUGGGGAAAAAGCUGUGAAAUUGUUCAACCUACUUUGUAACCAAAGACUCAAAGCUGUGUAAUUCAUUUUUAUUUUGUAAUGCACACUCUAUAUGUAUUUUGUUUUUUUUCUUACUUUUUCCUUCACAGCAAAGAAUCUUUUUUGUUUCUCUUUAGCAUGUUCUGCAUGAUCUGUAAUCUUCAAACCACUUUCUUACCUCAUGUUUUUAUUCAGCACUCUUGUUGUAACAUAAAGUAGUCUGUGAACAAUGUUAAUGGAGAAGAGAACGAGGAGCAGGCGUUGGAGAAAGCAAACUGUCUAUGGGGGAAAAUUCCUAGUGUUGUACACACUAGCAAGAGGAAAAUGAAGUGAGCCAUCUUUUGUUCAUAUAAAUGGUGUUUUGAAUUUCAUAUGCAGAAAAAUGUUUUGUUACAUUGCAAAUUUUAAUGUAUUUAAUAAAUGCAACAUUCAGAUUCCAAGUGUAGUCUACACUGAGUAUUUAAAUCAAAAACAAAACAGAAACAAUUGUACAUUUCAUAAAUUCAAUUUAAACCCAGGAAAUUCUGUAUGGACAAUUAUGGUAUGUUCUCUCUCUGUGUUACGUGUUUAUUGUGCCUCCAGUAACGUUAUUUCAGACAUCAUCCCAUUUUCAUCAUUUAUGGUUUAGAACCCAGCAACAAUGGUCAUUGUGCAAUCAGUAAUAUCUGCUAGAUGAACUUUUGGAAAUGAGGAAGUGACUUUGCAACUUGUCAUGGGGUGUUCUUGUUCUCAAUUCUGAAGGAAGUAUAGUAUACAUGCAGUGUACUGUAUGAUCUUUAUCACUGAGCCUUUGACAAUAACUUGAGCAUACCCUUGUAAUGUGCUGUUCUGCCAAUUUUAAUUCUCCAUCAAAAUAAAUGACUGUUUUAUUAAGAAGUUUAUCAUCAAAGCUUUGGAGUGAAGUGUGA